GUACGUGCGUUGCCAGACUAUAAAAGUCAAAACCAGAUCGGAAGCAAACUGUAUUGCUCCAACAGUCCUUAGACAACAAGGAGGUUGGCAAAGUAGUAUACUUGAAACGAACUUUCAUCUCAAUAACAACAUGCAGAUUUCACUGAUCCUCUUGGCGUCGGCUUUCGCCGCCGCAUCGGCGAGCAUAAUAUCUCUGGUCCCGGUGUCCUACAUCGCCCAUCCGUUGCCGACUUACAAUCACGCUCAAAACACCCUGACGGGAGAGUACGCCUACAACUACGCCGGGGGUCCAUCGGCAAAGGAGGAGAUAAAAACGAUCGACGGUGUAACGCGAGGUGCUUACAGUUACAUCGACGGUUUCGGAGUGAUUCAAUCGGCUCAAUACGUAGCCGACGACAACGGAUUCCGUGUGCUGGCUACGAACGUUCCGACCGCCGCACAAAUUGGCGUCAACGUGCCCCAAGAAACACCCGAAGUUCAAGCGGCUAAAGCGGCACAUUUCGCCGAACACGCGAAAGCCGUCGCUGCCCUGGGUCGCAAAAAACGCAGUCUGAGCUACGCGGCCGUGCCGACCGCAGUCUCCAGUCAAUAUCAUACCCAGAAACACGAGUCCUUGAAAAUCGCCGCUCCGGUUUAUCAGGAAUACGUCAGCGCACCGAUCCAAACUUACGCCCACGCUCGAUACGAGGAGGUUGUACCCGUGGCUCAUCACACGGCUGAAAUUUCCUCCGUUCCAACUGCAGUCUCUCAUCAAUCGCGCUCCCAAAUUCACAAGAACGCACAUCUCGAGUAUUCCUAUCCGGCGGUCCAGCUCCUAAAGGCCGUUCCCGAUCAGGUAAUCAGCUAUCACGAGGCCUUGGAAAUACCCGCAGUAGCGCCAGUCGCCGUCUCUUCCGUUCCGACCGCAGUUUCGAGCCAAAGUCGUUACCAAGUUCACGAUAGCAACAAAAUCGAGGUACAUAGCCCCCUCGCUGCCGCAGCAGUUCCGGUUGCCACCGAUACCGACACCGUCGUCGUGGAAUCGGUAAAAUCUGCCGACGUUCCCGUGGCAACGAUCGCAGCCCCCGUAGUCGCGGCGUCGGUACCAACCGCCGUUUCGAGUCAGAGCAAGACUCAAAUUCACAAGGGGCAACGUAUGGAGCAGCUCGUCGAGGUUCCGAAUUUUUACGGCGGCCAGGUCAUCGACUCUUACGGACAUCCGAGCGUCGCUUACGCCCCGACAUUGGACGCGUGGUCUUUGGCUACACCGGUGGCAAUUUCAUCCCAGAGCCGAACCCAACUUCACUCGGGACAUACCCCGGAGGUAUCAUCAUCGCCGACGGUCUACGGAUCUUCCAAUCUUGUUUCUCGAGUGCCCCUCGACACCCCCGAGGUCGCCGCGGCGAAACAAGCGCACGCCAAAGCCUACGCCGCUGAACUUCUCAAACAUCAGGGUUGGUAGUUGAGUUUAUUACAUACGGUAACCGGAUCUACGACUCUCCACUCUUAUACCUCCUCCCCCGCUCACUUAAUUCUACCCGACGAUAUCUUAUAUGUAUAUCAACUACGACUGAUUAACAUCCAGGGUUAUUCGAGAGACUGAUUAUUAAACUGGAGACAAAAGUUGAUGCGAAUAAUCGAUUAACGUCAAUUUUCCCAUCGGAUCAUUGAUCCGUUGUCGCGCGUGUAACGUGAGAUGAUUCGUUAGCGUUUCUAUCAUAUUUUGUAUUUUGAUAAAUUAUUGUUGUAAAUUAUGUGGACACAGCGUACGGAAUUUGGAAGAAAUUAAAAGAAAUGAUCGAUCGAA